AUGGACCCUCAUCUUCGCAGAGCUCGUCCUCGCCUUCAUUCCACCGCCUUCGAGGACGCGCAAGAGGCAGCAGCUGCAUGGCAGCGUCCGAGGUCGUUCUCAGUCGCGCUGGAGCAUGCUGCUCACCCCGCAGGCUUGCUGGGAGCUCAGAACCGGGUGAGGGUGGAGGCGAGGGCGGCAAGAGGGUCGGUAGCUCGCAGCAAGGAAGACCACGACAAGGUCGUGAGCAAGUUCCUCGCUCUCAAGGAUGACCCCCUCCACCUCCUCGGCUGCGGCUUCAACGCCGGACACGCCAAGCUCAUCGCCACGCUCGCGUCGCUGCAGACUCUGAGCGAGGGCGACAGGUUUGCGAGGCAGGGAGACGUGUGUCAGAGCACAGCGAUCCUGAUAGAGGGCCGUCUCGCCGCUCUGAUAGGGGGGGUGGAGGUGCACGAGUGGAAGGAGGACGCGAGCAUCGGAGAGGGCGGACUGCUGGGGGAGCAAGAGAGGUUCUCGUUCGACGUGGUCGCCAAGGAGAAGACGCUCGUAGCCUUCCUGCCCCACAAGAAGUUUCAAAGCUUCAUCGCCGACCUGCCCAACUUCGAGCAAGUUACCGCCUUCAUCUCGUCCACGCAGCUGCAGAGUCAGCUGGAGUUGGAGCAGAAGAGGUUGACGCAUGCAGCAGCUGUCGUCAUUCAGAGCAGCUUCCGCUGCCACCUGUCUCGCUCGAGACUUCAGACCAACUUCCCUUGCUCGCGCAUCGUGAAGAUGCUGCACAUGAAGCAGAUCGCCCGAACUCGAAGCCUCAACCUCGAGGACUCCAGCGCCCUCACCCUUCAACUCUCCUUUCGCUGUCACCAUGCAAGGAAGCUCUUCGUGCAGAGGCUGCUGCUGAAGCUCAAGCGAGUGCGUGAAAGCUCUGUGCUUCUCGAGAAGUUCGCGACCUGCAUAGAGUAUGAGACGUUGAGGGGACGGCGAGAAAAUCAGCCCGGGACGUCGCAGGCAGGUGGACAUUCGCUGAGCGUGGCCUUCAACGAAAGCCAGACGAGAAAAGCAAACAUCAUCAACCGAUGGAAGUUCGCGAUGCUCGGCAAGUGCGUUCAGAACUGGAGGAACUACACGGAUCGCAUCAAGGGAAGGAGCGGGUGUGCGCUGAGAGUGAUGAAGACCAUGCGGCACGGCAACAUCUACCAGCACUUCUUGCGAUGGAGCGACAGCAUCAAGCUGAGAGGAGACUUGGUGACUCCCUUCCGAGCGAGGGCGGACAUGAAGGUGGCGCUGACGGAGGAGGGUAAGGAGUACGAGUUCAAGCAUGGCCGGCGACUCGACGGCGACACAGGCCUGGGGCUUCUGGUCCGUCCAGUCCUGCAGGACAAGAGCAUGUGGGAGGUGCGAUGGGUCAGCUCGGGGCUGCGGGGAGUCUACCUGACUGGCUCCCUCGGCAGAAGCCACUUGCGGUUGUGGACGGAGGCAGCGCGACCGAAAGAAGCGGAGGAGGGGAAGCGAAACCUCGAGGACUACAGCAGGUUGAGCGCAGUCAAGGACGCGCUGAGGGACGGCAAGGGCGCGUCCGUGUCAGGCUACGUCACCCCCGCCAUGGCCUGCCACCUGUCGCUCGCGUGCCCCGAGGGGUCGGGCUGGUCGAUCGACAUCGAGUUUCCUCUCAAGGCCGUCAAGGUUGCGAGCCUGGUGCACGUGCAGGCGGUGGAAGGGAGCGAGACCUCCUCGCUCGACUCAGCCUACGGCAAGAUCGUCAGCCCUCUCGUCUACGUCUCCUCGGCUCAGCACGUCUCCCUCUCUCGCUCCUUCUCGCUUCGCAUUCCCCACCGCUGCUCCAGCUUCAAGUUCCUCUCCCUUUACUUCUGGCCUGAAAAUCGACCUGUGGCCGACCGAGUCUUCGACGGCGUCAGCUUCGACUCGGACUACUGCAAGGCGACGGUCGACGCCUUCGGGCUCUACGUCGUCAUGUGCUCGCAGGCCAACGUGCCGGACCUCGUCUUCGGUCUCCUCGACUUCGACAACAAGGCGCAGGACCGGCGAGGCAAGACGCUCGUCCGAGCCAACAUGGGCUCCGUGUUCUCCGGUCACGUCGACUUGGUUCCCAAGGCCUUCCUGUGCCGCCAUCCAGUGCCGACGGCGAGGCAGUGGGCGAGCAUGACCUCCUUCCAGCUGCAGCGCGACACCGUCCUCGAGAACGUCGUGCUCUCCAUCGUGUCAACGUCGGUGGAGGGCUUGAGGAUCAACAGCUGGAGCAGCACCCGUCGAUGGCUCGGCGGGAGGCUGCUGCUGCCCUUCGAGGCGAUCGUGCAGGUCGACAAGGGCGCGUUCAUUCCCCUGCACCAGCCCAGCAUCACCUGCCAGUGUGUGGUCUACGGCAAGAAGCACGUGGCCCUCAAGUUCGACGGCCCCAGCUGCUUCCGGCUGCAGGUCGAGAGCGCGAGCCUCAAGGUUGUAAUACCCGCGAACAAGGACUCGGAGGUGGAGGCGUACACGCGCAUGCUGGAGGGGCGGGAGACCAUGCUCGACAUCCGCAAGUGGGUCGCCAAGUGCAUGACAGGCAGCAGGGUGGAGAGCAGGAGUGUGCACUGGUUGUGCUCGCUUCGCUUCAAGACGAGCAGCGGGGACGUCUUGUCGUUGCAGGAGGAGCAUCUCGAAUCAGCUGCUCUCCUGCUCCCUUGCGUUCACAUGAUCCACGUCAGGCCAGGCACCGGAGACUACGGCAGCAAGCAAGACGUCAGAGAGCUGCAGGAGACUCUCCUGCUCGACCUGCAGGUCACUCCUGACAAGACGCUUCUUCCCUCCUCCCAUGCUGCCGCCCAUGCCAGUCGUCACACCCCAUUUGUUGGUCGCCCCCCUUCAGCCCAUCAAGAUCGUUUCAUAUCCACAGCAGCCUCGUCGCUUCUCAGUACCCACCAGGUUCUCACCUCAGCUGGUACUCAGCUGGCUUGGCAUGCCUCUCCUCCUGGGUCGGCACGGGAGCAACCACCGAGUUUCUCAGCUCGCCACAGAAACGUUCGCCAGCAUGAGCAGGAGGAGCUGACGAGCGCGUGGACGGGCAAGAAGACGUUGGGGAGGCAACUGCAGACGCGGAGGUGGACGGCAACUCCCUCGACUUGUGUGAGCGCCGACAAGACAUAUCAGAAUCUCAUGCAAGACAUCAGAGAAGAGAACCUCACUAGGUGA